GGCUGGCGGCCGGCGGCCGGCGGACACGCUGCGGCGCCGCCGCCGCUUCACCUCCCCGCCCGAGCAGAGCCGGGCCGCUCCUGGGAUUGGCUGCGCGGCCGCCUCGUCCCAGAAUGCAGCGCAUGGCGCGUCAUUGAAGAGAGACCAUGAUGGCGGCGGCCGCGGCGGCGGGGGGGGCCCCCGAGGUGAUCGCCCAGCUGGAGAACGCGGCCAAAGUGCUUAUGGCACCACCUUCCAUGGUCAAUAAUGAGCAACGCCAACAUGCUGAGCACAUAUUCUUAUCAUUUAGAAAAUCAAAAUCACCAUUUGCUGUUUGCAAACACAUUUUGGAAACUAGUAAAGUGGACUAUGUCCUUUUUCAAGCAGCUACAGCAAUAAUGGAAGCAGUUGUAAGAGAAUGGAUUCUCUUAGAAAAAACUAGCAUUGAGUCACUGCGAACAUUCCUUCUAACAUAUGUCUUACAAAGGCCUAACCUUCAAAAGUAUGUUCGGGAGCAGAUUCUAUUAGCAGUAGCAGUGAUAGUGAAACGGGGAUCAUUAGACAAAUCAAUCGACUGCAAAAGCAUUUUCCAUGAAGUCAGCCAAUUGAUCAGCAGUGGGAACCCCACUGUGCAAACUUUGGCCUGUUCCAUUUUAACAGCGUUGUUGAGUGAAUUCUCAAGUUCGAGUAAAACCAGCAACAUUGGACUAAGCAUGGAGUUCCAUGGUAACUGUAAACGUAUAUUUCAGGAGGAUGAUCUGCGACAGAUCUUCAUGCUCACAGUAGAGGUACUUCAGGAAUUCAGCAGACGGGAAAACCUCAAUGCUCAGAUGUCUUCAGUGUUUCAGCGCUAUCUUGCACUAGCCAAUCAGGUCUUAAGCUGGAACUUCCUUCCUCCAAAUUUGGGCAGACAUUAUAUAGCUAUGUUUGAAUCCUCACAAAAUGUGAUGCUAAAGCCAACAGAAUCCUGGCGUGAGACUCUCCUGGACAGCCGAGUUAUGGAGCUUUUCUUUACAGUACAUCGAAAAAUCAGAGAAGAUACAGAUAUGGCCCAAGAUUCAUUACAGUGUCUGGCACAGCUGGCGUCUUUGCAUGGGCCAGUCUUUCCCGAUGAAGGUUCGCAAGUUGAUUACCUGGCACACUUCAUUGAGGGAUUACUGAAUACUAUCAAUGGAAUUGAAAUAGAAGACUCUGAAGCGGUGGGAAUUUCCAGUAUUAUCAGCAACCUGAUAACUGUAUUUCCUCGCAAUAUUUUAACUGCCAUUCCAAAUGAACUUUUCUCUUCAUUUGUUAACUGCCUUGCACACCUCACCUGUUCUUUUGGAAGAAGUGCUGCCUUGGAAGAAGUGCUUGACAAAGAUGACAUGGUGUAUAUGGAAGCAUAUGAUAAGUUGCUGGAAUCUUGGCUUACUUUGGUACAAGAUGAUAAACAUUUCCAUAAAGGUUUCUUUACCCAGCAUGCUGUUCAGGUUUUUAAUUCCUACAUUCAGUGCCACCUAGCUGCUCCUGAUGGUACAAGGAAUUUGACUGCCAAUGGCGUGGCCUCUCGUGAAGAAGAAGAAAUAAGUGAGCUGCAGGAAGAUGACAGAGACCAGUUCUGUGACCAGUUGGCUAGUGUAGGCAUGCUGGGGAGAAUUGCUGCAGAACACUGUAUACCUCUUCUUACAAGUUUAUUAGAAGACCGAGUGACAAGGCUCCAUGGUCAAUUGCAGAGGCAUCAGCAGCAGUUACUUGCCUCACCAGCAUCAGGCUCAAUUGAUAAUAAAGUGCUUGAUGACCUGUAUGAGGAUAUUCAUUGGCUUAUUUUAGUCACAGGCUACCUCUUGGCUAAUGAUACUCAGGGAGAGACUCCGCUAAUACCUCCAGAAGUAAUGGAAUACUCCAUUAAACAUUCAGCUGAGGUUGACAUCAACACAACACUUCAGAUUCUGGGAUCUCCAGGAGAAAAAGCCUCUUCCAUCCCAGGGUACAACAGAACUGAUUCUGUAAUUAGGUUGUUAUCUGCUAUUUUAAGAGUGUCAGAAGUAGAAUCUAGAGCAAUAAGGGCAAAUCUCACGCAUCUCCUGAGCCCUCAGAUGGGCAAAGAUAUUGUAUGGUUCCUCAAGCGCUGGGCAAAGACUUACCUCCUAGUAGAUGAAAAGCUGUAUGAUCAGAUAAGUCUGCCAUUUAGUACAGCAUUUGGUGCUGAUACAGAGGGUUCCCAGUGGAUUGUGGGUUACCUUUUAGAAAAAGUGAUCAGUAACCUGGCAGUGUGGAGUUCAGAGCAGGACCUUGCAAAUGAUACUGUACAACUACUAGUAACAUUAGUGGAAAGGAGAGAGCGGGCAAACUUAGUUAUUCAGUGUGAAAACUGGUGGAACUUAGCUAAACAAUUUGCAAGGCGAAGCCCUCCUCUUCACUAUUUGUCCAGUUCUGUGCAGAGAACACUAAUGAAAGCUUUAGUUUUAGGAGGUUUUGCUCAUAUGGAUACAGAAACAAAGCAACAAUACUGGACAGAGGUUCUUCAGCCACUUCAGCAGAGAUUUUUGAAUGUAAUAAACCAAGAAAACUUCCAACAGAUAUGUCAGGAGGAAGAAGUGAAACAGGAAAUCACUGCUACAUUGGAAGCACUCUGUGGCAUUGCUGAAGCUACCCAGAUUGAUAAUGUAGCAAUUCUCUUCAAUUUCCUAAUGGACUUCCUUAAUAACUGCAUUGGAUUAAUGGAAGUAUACAAAAACACACCAGAGACUGUUAAUCUCAUAAUAGAAGUUUUUGUUGAAGUUGCACAUAAACAAAUUUGCUAUCUUGGAGAGGCUAAAGCCAUGAACUUGUAUGAGGCCUGCCUAACUCUGCUCCAGGUAUAUUCCAAGAAUAAUCUAGGUCGACAACGGAUAGAUGUUACAGCAGAAGAAGACCAGUACCAAGACCUCCUUCUUAUUAUGGAGCUUCUCACUAAUCUUCUCUCAAAAGAAUUUAUAGAUUUCAGUGAUACAGAUGAAGUAUUUAGAGGACAUGAACCUGGGCAAGGUACAAACAGAUCUGUAUCAGCAGCAGAUGUUGUCUUAUAUGGGGUUAAUCUAGUUCUGCCUCUAAUGUCCCAGGAUCUGCUGAAGUUUCCAUCCCUGUGUAAUCAAUAUUACAAAUUAAUCACUUUCAUCUGUGAGAUAUUCCCUGAGAAAAUUCCACAACUCCCAGAGGACCUCUUUAAGAGCCUAAUGUACUCCCUGGAGUUAGGGAUGUCAUCAAUGAGUUCAGAGGUUUGCCAGCUCUGCCUGGAGGCUGUAACACCAUUAGCAGAACAGUGUGCAAAAGCACAAGAAACAGAUACAACCCUUUUUCUAGCAACAAGGCACUUUCUUAAGAUGGUCUUUGAUAUGCUGGUACUUCAGAAGCACAAUACAGAAAUGACAACGGCAGCAGGUGAAGCAUUCUACACAUUAGUGUGUUUGCAUCAGACUGAAUAUUCAGAGCUAGUUGAAACAUUGCUGUCAACUCAACAAGAUCCAGUAAUUUACCAGCGGUUAGCAGAUGCCUUCAACAAGCUUACUGCAAGCAGCACUCCUCCUACACUGGACCGUAAGCAGAAGAUGGCCUUCUUAAAGAGUUUAGAAGAAUUUAUGGCAAAUGUUGGUGGACUUCUCUGUGUAAAAUAAACAACAAAACUCUAUGCCUAAUGUAGACCCUUUCUGCAAAAUGCACUGAGAAAUGCUGAAUGCUGACUAAAUCUUAUACCUGUCUCUAGGUUCUUUGCAGCCAUCUCAGAUUCUAGAGAGCCUGGAAGUUUGAACAUAACACAGUGGAAUAGGAGAGGUCAACUUUUGAAUCAGCUUCUGCUAUUAUGUGUUAGCUGCAAUCUGUCAUACUUGUGUGUGGGAGAGAAUGAAUAGAAAAUUUGAAUUUAAUUUGUUUUCCAUAUAUGUGCAAACAGAUAUGGGCACAAUGAAAAAUAAAUACAGUGCCUUCCCCCCACCCCCACUGAUUUAAAAUAUGAGUGGCUGGAUAAACAUACAGAUUUCUACCCAAAAUCGUGUUAGAGUGUGAUACAGAUACAUACAAAGCUCUAAACAGUUUAGCUGAUUUUAAGCUUUAUUUUUUCUCUCUUUGAUUUUGUGUUCCAAUGGGGAAGAAAAACCAAAUGGUGUUUUAACUUCUGUUUAGUUAUGUUUUUCUACAUCAUCCUGACAUUGCAUGUUUAAUGCAGUGCAGGUUUUUACAUUAUGUUCUUCUGCCUGAAGUUCAAAAAAGAGGUGUAUAUUUUUGUUCCCCUAAAAUGAACUUUAGGAACUGUAGCCAUUUCAUUGCCUUAAUUUAAAAGAAAAAACACUCAUAUACUUUAGGUAAGAAAUUUUAGGUAAGAAAUUUAAGGCAAGAUUUGACUCUUCAGAGGUGGUUUAGGGUGUUGGCACUAAGCUGCUGUGUACCUAUUGCAGCCCUUCAUGUUGAUGUAUCAAUUUGGAGUGAGCGUCUAAUGCAAGGUUCAUGUGUAGUUUUACUUUCAGUAUCUGUUUUGAUUCAUACCCAGGUUGCACACAACUGCAAUGUAUUUCUACACUGAACUGUUUGCUUAAGCAAUAACAACUUAAAAGGUGUAAAUUACUGGCAAACUUUUUAAAGUUGGGGCAUUAGCUAAAGCAAUUAUGCUAGAACAGGUGAGUCAAACCCUUCUACUCAAGGGUCAUAUUUGUUUGACUUGAGUCAAGAAAGAUUUGAUUGGGAUGUGUAGUGCUGUGGAGGAUUUUGGGGUUUGCUGAAUCUAGCUUCACUUAUGCAGAGCCCUCCCAGCUGCUCAUCUCUUUCUCAGUUUUUUAUAUCAGCACUUUAGCUAUUAAGACAGCAGAAUAUAGUGCCCUGAGUAUAGUGGACCAACAGGGGAGAGCAGCACACAAAUAACAAAAGUAAGGCCUGCUUUGUCUCCAGUCAUGAGCCAGAGGAAACUGAAGCAAACAUAAAUUGUUUCCUUCGUGUCUAGUAAAAUUGAUUUUUGUGGGAGGACAUGGAGGCAGAAGUGGGUCCUUUUGUUUAGACCUUGGCUAGAUUAUGCUGUUGAGUAUUUCCCAUGUGUUUUUAAGAUUUAUAUAAAAUGUGCAGUACACACCUUUAUUUGGCUAUGUAUAGCAUCAUGUUUGCAAUUCUGUGCCAUUCUUCAGUGUUCAUCUCAGAAUUAGUCACAAUAGACAGAUUUUUUAAAAGACAUAAAUUUGUAAUACUGUGCUGUAAGUGAUCUAAGGCUUUUUUUUUUUUUAGUCAAAUCCAUACCUGUCUCAAGCAUGGAUCCACAAGGCAAAAAAUGCCAUCUCCUCAUUCUACUGUUCUCUUUUAAUUCAUGUGAAAACUGGGCUAGGGCAGAUCUACACAUUGAAAAGUGACCAUAAAACUUGGUAGAUAAUGUACUUUCCCUGCUAGUAUUUUAUUUCUAAGAUUAUUUGUGUAGUGUUUUAGAAUAGGGGCAUGGCUCAAUUUUUAUUUCAAACUCUAAUGCUUUUCUUUAAAAGAUUUCUUGGCUGUGCACUUGCACAGAAGGUGAUGAUCCUGCAGAUCCUUCUGGUUUUAAACUGUUCUGGUGACUGAUAUUUUUUUAAAUCUGGCUCUGCUGUGUUUAGAAAGUGCUUCUGGAGCUUCUCUGAGUUUGUACGUUGUAUAGGGCAACAGUUCUGAAACCUUGUUUUUUUCAGGUGAAGAGCAUUAAAACCUGGGAACAUAAGUGGCAGUAGUUGCUGCUAGUUUGUCAUGAUUUGCUCAAUGUCAAAUAUAUAGACCAAAGUCUUCAAAGAUAUCAGAGUAAAUACCUUCAGAUUUUUUUUAAUAUGACUAACUGAUAAACUCAACUGUUAUAUUAUUCUUUUGUAUCUAGUUUUGUCAUUAUCAAUUUUUUAAUCCUAAAGCUGGCUCACUAGUUAAAAAAUAUUUAUUAACUUUAAAAAUUUGAAAUCCUCUUGCAUAUUAUGGUUGAUGAAUGGAGAGCAUAAAAUGAGUUAGCAUCCAGGACAAAGGAGUGUGCUUGCCCAUUACUUUUCUUAUUAGGCCCAUUAUCACAGUAGGUGAGAUCAGAGCCUUGGGGGCAUCUUUUGACUAUUGAGACUUGCUAAAGUAUGAACACUGACUUUCAAAAACUAGUUUUGAAGGUUGCUUUAAAACCUUCCUUUGCCCUUCAUUUUAAAUUAAUAUUACAUGGUAAAGGGAAACUGUCCUAGUAAGGGUUGGUUUUGUAAUUUUCCUGCUUGAUGUUAUGUUAGAUAAUAUUCUUCCUUUCUUGUUUCUUAAUAUUUCUUCUGUUCUCCUAUAUUCAAUGAGGAUCUUUCCAUGCCAUUUUGUUUCUUUUAGGGCAAAUGCUAAGAUGUCUCCAUUUAAUGACAUCCAUGAAAUUGUUGCAGAAGGCUCUGGGAAUAUAUUUUAUUAAUUAAUAUUUCUGUUGGAGAGGUGGCUGCUGGAUUAUACAAAAAAAAAAAAAGAAUUACUUGUACAUGCCCAGUUGUAGAUCAAGAUGUAAAAGCUCGUAUAAGAAAUACUUAUAGACCAUUUUUAGUGAACACUGCAAUGUGGCUCCAUGGAAGUGUUCUGUAAUUUUUACAGCAUCACUGCAUUGGUUUUUCCAUUCACUGUACAAAGUGAACAAUGGUUCCAAAAAUUCACUAGAAUUUUGAAGGAGAAUCUGAAAAGGGCAACUCAAACUGAAUUAUAAAUGCUGCAUGAGGCAGUUCAAACAAAUUGUUACAAAUUGUAACAAUUGUAACAUACAUUUGCCUAGGGUUUUCUUGGGGUUUUUUUUUGUUUGCGGUUUUUGUUUGUUUUUUGCUAAAACACAUUAUUGCUCAAGUGUUUCCAUUCUGACAUUUUGUGACUAGAAAUCAAGUAGCUUCUUUCCCAUUCUGCCAGCUCCUUCCCCAUUGUAAUAGCUAGAUCUGAUGCUGGUAUAACACUUUUCUGUUGUUCAACCUAGUAAUGUUUGCUGUUGGCAAGCAUGAAUCAUUGGGUUGGGUCAUGAAAUUCUAGACAUUCUUGAAAGCACAGGUACACAUGGACAGAAUGAAGUUGGCUACUACACAAAACUUCCACUUUCAUGUGCAUUUAUGCCUUAAGUAUCUUCACUGAAUACUGCUGGAAUCUGCUAACUAUUGCCCAGAGGUUUGUGUUUCACUGUUGAGUGAUAAAGGGCUCACCGUUUUCCUCAGGAAUGAGAAACUUGUUUUCUCAGCAUGUCCAAAUCCAAGUAGUUAAAAGAGAGGGGUUUGAAUCAGAGUCAUCUCUGUGAUAGCAUGUAGCACUCACUGAAGCCCCAGUGUUUACUUGGGUAAAUCCCUUUAUAUCUAAGCCAUGUAGUUCUAGAAAAUAAGCUUGCUCAAAGCAGUCAGUUGUCCAUUUAAAAUCUACUUCUUUAAAAGGUAAAUUGUAAUUUGUGAUCUGUAAAAAAUACAACUAGCAGCAUUUUUCUUGUAAUUUCAGUUUUGGUUAAAUACGUACGAAGGGGUGUUUUUUAUGGAAGUAGCUUGAUGAAUAUAAGCGCAGGAGUAGGAGCCAGGCUCCUCUAAUUUUGUAUCAGUUUUUCUACUGGAUCCUCUAUGGCCAUUUUGGAAAGUUGCUAAGAAUUGUCAUUGUUAAAAUAGUGAUAAUACCUACCUACCUCACAGGGAUGUUGUGAGGAUUAUCUUACGCCUAUAAAAUGCAUUGAGGAUCUGAGAUACUAUGUAAAUAUUAAAUGUUUUCAUUUUAGUUUUGUGAGGUGUAAGAUUUACUGUAACAAAACCAGAUUUUCAUACCAGUAGAUGCUCAGUAGAGGCAACAGUGGUGCAGUAUUGCCCAGGACUGGUCUACUGCAGUACAGUAAUACUUGCUGUAAACUGUAGUUAUUUCCAUUACAGUUGAUUGAAACAGUGGCUUCUUAAAUAAGAUUCCCCACCAGUGUGCCUCAGUUCUGGUCUACAAAGUUAGAGAACAGUUGUUAAUUGUUCAGGCUUUGGUGCCUCUGCUUGUGACAAGUGCCACUUGUGGUGGUAGGUUUUUUUAGUUUGGUUUGGGUUUUUACACUUUUCUGCAAGUAACCAUUCAUUUUUCCCAUAUUAGUUCCAGUCACUCAGUAUAACCAAAGCCUAAUGAUAACAAUUAAAAUGUAAAGAGCCAGCUCUGUCCCCCCGUCAGUUUGCUUUUAAUAUGAGUAGAUAGUGUCCUCUUUGCAGUAAAUGAGAUUAAUGCUUUCUAGCACUAAUCAGGAAGCAAAUCAUGAAGUGUGAUUUGCUUUAGAGCCUUAAGCUCUUGGCUGUCUUACGAAACUCUUUUUUCUUAAGUAUGAGAUUUCUUGGUGCCCUAGCAAUGGAGAAAUAAGGUUUCCCUGUCUUUCCCUUCUCCUCAGUGAAUUAAAGUAGAUCUGCUUUUCCAUUUCCUCCCUUUCCUGCUUUUCCUGUCCUUUUAAGCCAUUCUUAUAAAAGACUUGGAAGACUUCCAACCUCAAGGGGAAGAUACUACUUGUUAUUUUUCAAUCUACUACAGCUUGAUACUUGAAAUUGAUGAAGUCCUUCCUAAUAGCAUUCCCAGGCACAUGUCAGUCUCCCAUUGAACCAUUCUAGAGUUAAUAAUUGGGGAAAAAAAUAUUAUCCUCUUUUAUUUGUUCCCAUUGGGCAAAACAAUGAGCCUUUGUGCAGUGAACAUGCAGUUUAAAGGCAAUAAAUGCUAGUACUGCUGUUGGUCAAGUGUGUAAAUAUUUUAAAUGUAUAAUUCAGUACUAUGUUGAGUUUAUAUAUAAAAAAUGCAGGGAUUGAAGUGCUAGUUGAUUUCAAGUAUUGUUUUACCUGUACAGUUGGAGAUACGAAGUUGCAUAGACAUAUUUCACUAUUUGUUGCAAUAAGACUUUGGCAAUGGCUAUGUGAUCAAGCCUUAACACAACUGAAUUUUCCAUUUUGAAAUGAACACUUUGUGUAUUUUUAAGAUCCAUAAGCAGGAGGAGGAUAAAAUUGUUUUCCACUAAAGACUUAUUUUAUUUUGUUUUGGCCGUGUGUGAUUUGUGUGUAUUCUUGUUUGAUAUUUUUCUAAAAUCUCACCUGUGUUUUUUCCCUGGAAUAGCAUUGUUAUACCUCCUUAUGGGAGAAACAGAAGUAGGAAUGUUAUGAAACCUCGGGCACAUGUUGUGCUUUUUGGCUACUGCAAAUGUGCAGUAAUUUAUGGGGUAACUUUAAUUUACAUGGACACCCAAGGCAUGAAUUUAUCCAUCAACAGAAAAAAAAAAGUUAUUAGGUGUGUGAGAGGAGUAUCUCACACUGGACUACAAUUACCAGAAGUGACUUUGAAUGUAUAAUGAAAUUAAUCUUUUCACCGAUCCUCCAAAAAAAGUUAAUGGUGACUUUUCUGGUCACUGUUAUUGGUAGUGUUUGUCUACCCCAAAGCAAUACUGAGUUCUAAGUCUUGAAUUUUUCUUUGUGUAGAUUUAAUUUGAAGAGUUUCUGAUAAUAUUUGGCACAGCUUGUUCAGGCUUCAAGCUUGUAAUGUGUUCCAAUGUAACUGCCAUCUGACAGUCCAUUACUUCAUGUAUAUCAGAAAAGUUCAGUUACAGGCAUCAGUUACUAAUGUGCUAUAAUACAGCUACAGUUGGAUAAAGAACAGCUAUUAUCUGUUGCUCCCCUCUUACUUUCAUGCACUCACAUUUUUCUUAAAAAAAAAAAAGGAAUGCUUCACAAAUCCUGAAAGUAAAACUACGCAACAGCAAUGGUGAUGACAGCUUGCUCUACAUCUUGGCUGUAUGUAUCACUAGAAUUUUAUUUGUUUCAGAAGUAAAAUUAUUGCAGUUAUGUAUUUAUAUUGGGCUGGUUUAGUUCAGUCAAUAUUUAAGGUAAUUUUGAGGAAAGCCCUGAAGCAGCUAGUAAGAUUAACAGCAGCAGCAUAUCCAAAAGUUUUUCAUGUAGAAAAUGGAAAUAUUGCUUUACCUUAAAUUACGAGGUCUGGAAUAAACUUGAAUGAUUUGGGUACAAAGCCUUUAUUCACACUUGUUUGUGUAAGUGUACUCAAGAACCAUCCAUUUUGCCUAUAUGAAACUCACAUUUGCUUCAGCCAUGAGUGGUGGAGUUGGUGGUGGGUUUUUUCCUCACUGAUUUGCCAUGUAUUGUAAGCAGAAAGGUAGGAAAAUUCAACAUUCCAAGUGGAAUUUGUCUGGCAGGUCAACCAGAGAGGAAGCUGGAAGAGGAGGGAAGAAAAGUUUGCAACCUUAUGUGGAGAAAAAAAGAAAAAUCAGACUAAUCUGUAAGAAGAAAAGUCCAUAGUACAAGUGUUACCCAUAACUUAGUAACCCAUAUCAUCCUGACAAGGAUUAGUAAGAACCUGCCAUUUUAACAACACAUUUUUGGGGAAAAGAGAAAGUAUCACAUUUCACACAAUUCCAAAAUAGUGCUAUCUGUGUGAGUUUUGUUAGUUGAAUAAGAAAAUAUUUUGGGAAACAUUCCAGACAAAUCUACGUCUCCAAAGAGAACACUGAAGUUACCCACUCUGAUACAGAUAUAACUCAUCACUAGUUUUGCUCCCACCUAUAUUUGAAUCUUACGGAAACUCUCUUCACCUUAACAUCAGAUAGAUGUUGAUCAGAUUUGAUUUUUCUGACAAACUUCCCUUUGCAAGUUAGAGUAAGGCAAAGCUUUGGGUGUGAUGUACUUCCUUGUUUCUUCCCCUCUCUAUGUCUGGCUUGCUGUUUGUGGUGGUGAAGAUGUGUAUGUUUGAUUUGCUUUAACUUACUGUUUUGGGUUAUGCAGUUUAGGUUUGUGGCAUAUUCAGACUGCUUCCAAUCUGUUUGGUAUUUACUGAAUGAAAGUCAUUGCUAGACUCCAACAGAAUUUUGAUGUGAAAUCCUCAUUCAUAACUUGGUUCAAUAGGUUGUCAGGACAUUUGCUUUAAUUUUAGACCUGCACUGACACUUCCAAUGGAAUUUUGUCCAUUCAAAUGAUUGUUGUAACUCAGAAAAAAAAAAAAAACAACCCCAAAGCGAAAACCCCACCACCACA